AUGACCAGGGUCCCUUUUGGAACCACGUCGAGCCCCUUUCUACUGGCAGCUACAUUACAACACCACCUGCGGAGCCUGAAAGACGAAUACCCCGUCACGUGUACGUUGCUCAGCGAGUCACUGUACGUUGACGACCUUCUGGUUGGAGCAGCAGAUGAAGGAAGUGCCGAGAAACUUUACCGUGAGGCGAAGAGCAUAUUCCAAACUGCUUCUAUGAAGUUGCACAAAUGGGCGUCCAAUAGUCCGACCAUGAGGAACUUGUUUGAGGAGGAAGCAACAGCAGCGAUGCCACAGGGUCAAGUGGCGGGUGUACUGAAAGUUCUUGGAUUAUCUUGGAAUCCCGCGACGGACAACCUGACAUUCGCAGUGGACAGUGUCAGGCAGAUCUCCGAGCAACGUAAAGAUACGAAACGUUUCGUACUACAGACAGCAGCAAGGCUGUAUGAUCCAAUGGGAUUGAUUUCGCCAUUUCUCGUAACCGCUAAACUCUGUUUUCAACGCACUUGGCGACUUAAACUUGGAUGGGAUGAAAUUCUACCAGAUGACAUCAGACACCAAUGGGCUGACUGGUGCGACGACCUAAGACAUUUAUCGCGGAUACAAGUACCGCGAUUUUACGAGUAUGGCUUAAGUGACGUCGCCGACAGCAGAGUGCUGCACGUCUUUGCGGAUGCAAGCACCGCAGCCUACGGCGCGGUAGUGUACCUGUGCGUAAGGGACUUAACAGGAAGGACGACGACGACACUGGUUCUGGCGAAGUCAAGAAUCGCUCCACUAAAACAACUGACGCUGCCCCGUCUAGAGUUGAUGGCGAGCCUCGUGGCAUCACGCCUAUUUCAGUACAUCGGCGGAAACCUCAAGCUUGAAGUUAGCGGCGUGCAUUUCUGGACCGACAGUAUGAUCACACUCCAUUGGAUCCAGGGCGAUGCAGCAAGAUGGAAACCAUUCGUAAGGAACCGAGUGACCGAAAUUCAAAAGAACAGCGAUUCGCAUCCUUGGCACUACUGUCCGAGCAAAGAGAAUCCCGCUGACUUAAUGACAAGAGGAAUAUCAGCUCAACGACUGAUCGAGAGUCAGUUGUGGUGGAAGGGACCACCGUGGAUCGUCAGCGACGAGAGCUCGUGGCCAGGAAGGCCCCCAACGACACGGUUUGCGUCCGAAGAACUUGAAGAAAUGAAAUCCCAAGUGUUAACCACAGUUACCUCAACGAAACUAUCAUUAGACGAAAUUUGGACAAGUCGACAAAGGGGUCUUGCCCACUUUUGGAAAAGAUGGCACAAGGAAUACUUGGCCGAACUGCAGUCAUCUCGUUCGUCGAGAGUUUUCAAGUCAUCAGCGCUCAAACCUGGCGACAUAGUCAUCUUGCACGAUGAGAAACAACCACGGCCGCUCUGGAAGUUGUGCAGGAUUGUGGACGUAUUCUGCGGCAGGGAUGAGAAAGUCAGGGCUUGCACCGUACGCCUACCUGAUGGGACUUUGCGAAGAAGACCGGUGCAACUGCUGUAUCCGCUAGAACUGGCCAACGGUUAA